AUGCUGCAAUUCUUCCCGAUUCUAUAUUUACCCUUCAUUUUCAUCUAUUGCACGGCAUUCAAAUCCAACCUCAAGCCAUACAUUGUGUAUUUGGGGAGUUCCUCAAAUGGCAAUAGAGGAGAAGACUUGUCUCAUUUGCAAUUGUUAUCAUCUUUAAUUCCAAGUGAAGAGAGUGAACGAAUAUCUUUAUUGCACUCUUACAAUCAUGCUUUCAAGGGCUUUUCUACCAUACUUACAGAGAAUGAAGCAUCGAGAUUAUCUGGUUAUGACGAGGUUGUGUCUAUAUUUCCUGAUCCGGUCCUGAAACUCCAUACGACGCGUUCUUGGGACUUUCUGGAAGCCGUAGACGAUAAAUUCAGAUCAAUCCACCCUUGGGACGAGCACAAAUCGUCUGAUAUUAUAAUUGGAGUUAUAGACACAGGUAUAUGGCCCGAGUCACCAAGUUUUAGUGAUGAAGGUAUUGGCAACAUUCCAUCAAAGUGGAAAGGAGUUUGCAUGGAAGGUUCAAAUUUUAAGAAAUUCAAUUGUAAUAGGAAGUUGAUAGGAGCCAGAUUCUAUAACAAAAAUGGGAAGGGCUCGCCAAGAGAUAACAUCGGCCAUGGAACACACGUCGCUUCAACAGCAGCCGGAGUACCUGUCGAUAAUGCCAGUUACUAUGGGCUAGCAAGUGGUACAGCCCGAGGUGGAUUGCCUUCUGCUAGAAUAGCAAGUUACCAGGCAUGCUCAACUGAUGGAUGUCCUGGUUCAGUUAUCUUAAAAGCCAUUGAUGAUGCCAUCAAAGAUGGAGUUGAUAUUAUUUCCAUUUCUAUAGGUAUAAGUUCGAUUUUGCAAUCGGAUUUUCUAAGUGAUCCUAUUGCCAUUGGAGCCUUCCAUGCAGAACAAAGGGGAAUCAUGGUAGUUUGUUCAGCUGGAAAUGAUGGACCCGAUCCUUAUACCAUUGUUAAUACAGCUCCAUGGAUAUUUACUGUUUCAGCAUCGACUAUUGAUCGUAAUUUUCAGACAACUAUAGUGCUAGGAAACAAUCAAUCCUACGAGGGGACUGCAAUCAAUUUUUCUCCUCUUACUCAUGGGAAAGCAUACCCUCUUGCAUUUGGCAAAAAAGUCGCCUCUAGUUUCACUCCAGCAUCUGAUGCCAGGAAUUGUAUCCCGGGAUCAAUAGAUCCAAAGAAAGCAGCAGACAAAAUAAUAGUCUGUGUGGACGAAGAUCCGAAUGUCUCGAAGAGAAUAAAGAAAUUAGUGGUGGAAGAUGCUAAAGCUAAAGGUUUGAUUAUGAUAGACAUAGAAGGACAACUUUUACCAUUUGAUUCGGGCACCUAUCCAUCUGCAGUAAUUGGGGAAAGUACAGGCUCCCGAAUUCUCAAUUAUAUCAACUCAACUAAGAAACCUACUGCAACUAUACUUCCAACAAAAGUAGUUCCAAGGUUCAAGCCAGCUCCUGUUGUUGCACCUUUCUCUUCAAGAGGUCCCGGAGGUCUUACAGAAAAUAUCCUUAAGCCUGAUAUUAUGGCUCCUGGAGUAGCCAUUUUGGCAGCCAUCGUGCCAAAGAUAAUACCAGAUUAUAGUCCACCUGGGAAUAAGACUUCUUUGUUCAGCAUAAGAUCUGGAACUUCAAUGGCCUGCCCUCAUGUUACUGGUGCUGUUGCAUUCAUCAAAUCGAAGCAUCCUCACUGGAGUUCCUCAAUAAUCAAAUCAGCAUUGAUGACAACAGCAUCUGUAUCUAAUAACUUGGGAAAACCUUUGACAAAUAGCAGUGAUAAUUAUGCAAAUCCUCAUGAAGCUGGCGUUGGAGAAAUACAUCCUAUCAGAGCUCUUGAUCCAGGCUUAGUAUUCGAAAGUACAGUCCAAGAUUAUCUGUAUUUUCUUUGUUAUUUCGGCUAUAAACAAAAAACAUUAAGAUCAAUAACAAACACAAAUUUUAGCUGCCCAAAAGCCUCAGCUGAAAAAUUCAUUUCCAACAUUAACUAUCCUACUAUAUCUAUAGCCAGUCUGAAGAAAAAUGAGGGAAUAAGAAAGAUCAAACGAGUUGUUACAAAUGUGGGUUCAUCAAAUGCGACUUAUACAAGUACUGUAGAAGCUUCACCUGGUUUGAAAGUUAUGGUUUUUCCCUAUAGGCUUAAUUUCAGAGGUGGACUGAAGACAGCAGCUUUUAAAAUCUUCUUUGAUGGUAAAGAGGCUUCCAAGGGCUACAAUUAUGGGGCUAUAAAAUGGUUCGAUGGUUUGCACGUUGUUCGUGUAGUAUUUGCAGUAAAUGUUGAAUAA